AUGCCGAUCUAUGCUAAGUUCAUGAAAGACAUUAUCUCAAAGAAGCGGUCCAUUGAAACUGAACCAGUUAUCCUGACCGAGAGGUGUAGUGCUAUUUUACAAGGUCUAAAAAUUCCAUUGAAAAAGAAAGACAAAGGUGCAGUGACUAUUCCUUGUGCAAUAGGGGAUAGAACAUUUAAUAAGGCACUCAUCGACCUUGGUGCAGGAGUGAGUCUCAUGCCUCUCUCAAUCUACAAGAAGUUGGGUAUCAAUUCAGUCAAAGAUACGAGAAUGGAAUUGCAGUUCGCGGAUAAUUCCAUGAAAAAACCGCAUGGGAUUGCAACUGACGUUCUGGUUAGAAUUGAUAAGUUUGUUUUUCCUGUGGAUUUUGUUGUACUAGACAUGCCUGAAGAUGAAGAGAUUCCUAUAAUUCUGGGAAGACCUUUCCUAGAAACAGGACGGGUGAUGAUAGAUAUGGAAGAAGGUACUAUGACACUCAAAGUUUAUGAUGAAGUGCUGAAAAUCAAUGUUAGAGAAUCUAUGAAAUUCAAAGAAGACGUAGGUACAAGUAAGAAUGUUGAGGUGUUAGAUACAGUGUUCAUCAAAGCAGUGAAUUGUAAUGUGCCAGAAUUACCUCUUGAGAGAGUGUUGAGUUUGUCCAUUUGUGGAAAAGAAGAAGGGAUGGAUGAAAAAGAGUUGGAAGUGUUGGAUAUGAUGGAAGUGCAACCUCGAUGGCCAAGAUCUAAACCACACCGGUGGGAAGACUUGAGAGAAUCACCAGCAUCAGAAAAGAGUAAAGAAGUGAAGAAAAAGAAAGAUUUAAAGCAGCUACCUGACAAUUUGAAAUACAUUUUUCUUGAUUCAGAGGAGAAGUGUCCAGCUAUUAUCAACUCAUCUCUAAAAGAAGUCCAAGAAGAAAAAUUGAUACAGGUUCUAAAAAGGUACAAGGGUGCAAUUGGAUGGUCGAUUGAGGACUUGAAGGGUAUUAAUCCUACUAUUUGCAUGCACAAAAUCUUAAUGGAGGAUGAUCAGAAACCGGUUGUACAACCUUAG